AGAAGAUUCCAGAACCUGUGGACAAGAAAUAAGUAGCAAAGUCCGUCCCUAGCAAGGGAAUUCGAUGGCACUAGUACCAUUUUUGGGGGAGCACAAAAGAAAUCGUUAGUAUCGUAGUCGAUGGAGCAGUGCAGAGGCUUUUCUUCUUUGAGUUUUAUUUCAAAAAAAAUCAAAGUAAGAAUUUCUUACAAUGCUUCUUACUAAGAAAAGCGAGCGCGUGAGUCUGAACGGGAUAACGAUAAAUUGGUUUAGGACUGGAUGAUUGACUACAUCUGCAACAGAGGAGGUGUGCUUUUAGCUUCUGUAGCCAUCCGAAGUAUCGGAGAAACAGCAUAGGUACGUAUCUAUGGAAACCGACUGAGGGGGACCUUUUACGGGUGAGUCUCAAGCUGAGCAAGAACGCUCUUGACUUUUAUUGCGUUGAUGAAGUAAAAAGUCGCUAAAACGUUUUCUCAUCUUAAAUCUACGUUGUUUUGUUUUUUCCACCUCGUAGGCCACUUUCUUUAUGAGAAAAGGAAACGAAGGCGAACACAUGCUGACUGAGGCUGCAGACAAGGCGCUGCCACUACUGCAGCAGGGUGGCGAGAACACGUUAAAUGCGGUCAAUAAGCUCGUCCAGCAGGGGCCGAAGGGUGUCUCGAUAACAAAACAAAAAGAGUCGCUCCCACCCGUCCAGAAUGGAGACAUGCUUGUCAUGCAAGAGGACCCCGCAAGCGAACAUAGAUAGGCUAGAGAAGCUGCAGAAGUUCGUGUGUAUAAAUAUAGAAAAUAUCUUGCAAAAUAAAUUAUCUUCAUCGUGGGGGGGUCACUACUGUCGGUGUUGGGUUUGUGAAUAUGAUAUGUGUCGUAUGCAGAGCGCUGAAUUGCCACUGCGUCUGCGACGUCCGCACGCAUUCAUAAAUAGACACGCGCAUACCUAUUUUCAUGUUCAUCUGGAUCUUUGGAGAACUUCACUCGUUUGAUCAAAGUAGUUGAGCGUGCUUCUAUUGAUGUGAACGUCGGGGGCGACCUCGUUAGAUAUAUUUUUUUCUCCUCGGGUGAGGACGCGAACGGUUUCAGUUUCAUAUCCCAAGCUCGCCUUCCUGUGCGGAUUGAUUACGGCGCUGGUCGGGUUACUAGAGGUUGUGCUCACCGUGCUCAGCCCGCUUUCCAUCAUAUUUCGCCCCUUCCAUCUGGUACUAUAGCAGCGUUUGUUUCAGGAUGUAUUUGCUCGUGGUAAGCACUGUUCCUACCGUGGUCAAGGACGUGAUAUUUUUGCGAGUUAUAGUUAGCCCCCGAGCCAACUUUUUGGCAGGCAUAAUCCGUUGAUAGAUUCGACAUUCCCAGCGUACUUCUCAAUCACUAUGUCCUCUUUCAGAGUUGUAUUUCACUUUGAGAUCACCAUGUGUCCUGAGAUGUCUGGUGACAUCUCAUCAUCAUCGUCAUCAGUCAUUUAUCCUGCAGUUGGGGGCAUCCGAGAAAGAUGAAAAUUCACUCCAGGUGCUCAGCCUGUACAUCAUUUUUUUUGGCCUGACCGCCGUUAUACUCGAGUGCGACGCGGACUACGCAUUGGAACAAAGAGAUGAAUCUGGAUUCAGGCUGGGAAGAAAGAUUCUAGGAUUCUACUCAGAGCUGGCGCUGGAGGCUAAGAUGCAUGGAGAAGUAGCCACUUCUGAAUGCAGCAAUUUAUUAACGCGACAGUAUGAAUUGUUUGGCAUGGAAAUCUGGAAAUUCGCUGGCUAGUGGGACGACGAAGAUACAGGAACCCUUGUGCUGUAUUGUGGUGGCAUUUCCUGAGACAAGGCAUCCUCGUACAAACGCAAGUAGUAUACUCAGGAAUUAACUUUCCUGCCCCUGAAGACAAAUGCUUGCAGUCCAUAUAAGCUGGCUUGCGACAAUGAAAUAUCCAAGGGAAAUGCGUUAUAUUUUGUGUAAUUUUGAUGCUGCAGAGCACAGACUCAGAGGCGACAUCAUGAUCAUGCUAAGAAUGUGCGUUGCGCAUUUCGCACGGGAACAAUAGAGCACACUUGGAAGUUUUCGUAAUUUGACGGACUCUGUUAUUUGAUUAUUAGAAGUGUUGCAGUAAUUCUACAGUGCUUAUUUUCCAGCAGUUUCAUCUUUGUUAGCCAUUUCGACAUCGUUUUUUUCUCUUGGAUAUGGAAUAUGUCAUGCAAAUACGUCCGGGUCUGGAACUGGAUUUGUGAUGGAAGUAGAUUUGUUGUUCAUGCACCGCAGCCAGUGUGUGUGUGAGUGUGGUGCUGGUGAGUUUCCUUCGUGAUGAUAUUGGCAGUUUGUCGUGCGGUGUGCGAACGAACUCAACUGGCAAUAAAGUCUCGCAAAACUCGCCGUGCUGGACUGCCCUACAAGAGAUUAUUCUGUGAUGCAAGGAUCAGUAACGCGAUCGAAUCAGAAAUCAGCAUCUGCAUCUUCCAGGCCCAGACAUGUUUACAGUGGAUAUAAGAUAUUGGCCCCUGGUGCAGUUCUACGUUCCGGACGCGAUCGAAAAACUGGGAGAAUACCAAAAGAUAGUCUUUCACCGUGCCAUAUUAUCCAAGAAAAAGGCUGUGUUGCCAUCAAUCUUUGAAGCAGGAGAUGUCAAAAAGUGAAGCCUUGAGGAGCUUCACCCUGACUUGUCAUGCGAGAAAUGCGCACCAGCCAGCCUCACAUCGUGGUAAGUUUCAUGUACUUACUUUAAAAACAAAAUUGUAGACGGGGCGCAGCCACUGCCACACAGUCUGUGAUAUGCUCAUGCUCUCACGCUUUUAAGCGAUAGCACAGCUUUUUUCGCUGAAUAGACAUCCUGCUGUGUAAAAACGAUCUGAGUCGCAUCCCGGAAUUACGGCUUGAGGAGAAGCAGUUCUGUAAUCUGCUAUGCGAAAAGGAGAGGAAAAGCGGCCUGCGUCAUAUAAUUACGCACGAUGGCUGUUUUGGCGAAGCAUGGAGCGGAGUCCGUGUUGUUAAGAUAAUUUUAUGCUCUUGGUCGCUGCAUGAAUUUUCCUGAAAUCGGGAAUUAUGGUAUGUGAACUGCUCGUGAAAUAAAUACACUACGGCCCUGCAACUUGCCAACUUCGUUUUGUAUCGGCCGACUUCAUCAAGCACGGCGUUGCUAUACUACGCAAGGUUCUAGCGCCAAACCCAAGCGUGGCGUCGCGGAAUCGUUUUUACACAGGAAAUUGCAAUAUCCUCACAGACGUCUAUGGGCGUGCGGCUUUUUACGGCUUCGUCGGAAUCUAUGGUAGUGGCAGGCGGGGAACCAUUAAAAUGCAAAUGGCUUGUUUUACACGAGAUGCGAUGCCGACAGCGAGCGUGUCUUUGUAUUGCAUAAUUGCAUUAUAAGAUGCAAGUGCAAGUAGCAUGGUCGAGGAUUGCGAGGCCGGUUGGAGUGAAGAGCAGGGGUGCUGACAGGUGCAGUCCUGUUUGCCCAAAACAGUGCAGCAGCCUGCCCUUUGUCCUUAGAUAGUACUCAGAGAAUAAUUUUCCAUGCGCCGCUCAGAACAUCAAAUAUGUACCCGGCGCAUUCGGUGAUGGUGUCGACAUCAGCAUGCAUCAUGAAGACUUAGUUUAUUCUUUGUCAUUGAUUAAGUUAUUUCAUCUCCAUCCCCGUCAUGUUGAUGUUUUCCCACCUGAGACAGCCAUAGGAGCCUGUGUGGCACGCAAUGCUUUCUAUGUCCGUUCUUUCUGGUAACUGGAAGACUCCUGAGGUUCCCUUUUUGACGCCCGGCUUUGGAUCAGUCUGGCUUAUUUUUGAGGAUCUAGCUCGUCCCGGCGCUUCUCGUUAUGUAUGAUACAUAUUUGGUGGAGGUGGAUGCGAGAUCAUGAUGAUGAUCGCAUUGCACAAUGAGAAGCAAGUAGUUGAUCUACUUCCCGUACAUGAUGAUGAUGUAGUAGGCCAAAAAAAAAAAACUUUGAAAUUCGUAGGAGCUAUGAUCCUCACAAUUUCGUUCGAAGGGAAAUAUCGUACUAUCACUCCCCCUUCUAUAACUCCUAUUGCUGAGCGGGGGCAGUUAAAAUUUCGCGCCGGGAAAGAAAAUCGCCCACGUCGAAAAUUUUUUGACACUUUUCAAACUUUGCAAGAACACUCAGAAUGCAAAUAACCUACUUAGGUUGAUCCGCCUACUAGUAUCCACGUCACUUGAGUUCAUUGGGGUACAAAGUUCAAAGGUUCACAAAUCAGGCUAAGCCGGGCACAUUCGUCACGACUGUGCCGGUUAUUUCUGUCACCUCUCUCUUGAUCGACUUCAUGGAUUCAUGCUGAUUUGCUUGGAUCUUGGCGGUGGAUCAACUGAGAUGUGGGUCAUUUGAUCCCUAUGCCUACAUUCCCCCACACGGCUAACCAGUGUGCCCCUACAUUCCCCCACAAGUGAAGAAUGUGGAAUUUGGCCCACGGAUAGACGCAGAGGACAAAGUAAACUGGGUCACCACCAAACUCACACUUGAGCCAUUUAGCCAACCAAGACCACACCCCAAAGAAUAGGCAGAGCGUUGUGAAUGCUUACCCCCGAAGCAAACUCAACUUCAGAAGCACAAAAACCCCCGAAGCUACUCUGCUAGCCCCUAGAAAGCGGAAAUCAACGCGCGAUCUACGUUGGAGGAAAACACUCCGAGCACCCUAUAUCCCACUCCGCAGUCCGGGAUAACCUCAAUUCUCGCAGGAGAAGGAUCAAGCUAGCACAGCAGCCGAAUACAGUGCAGCGACUCCAUCCUUUUUCUCCGGUAAGGGUUCGCGAGAUAGUGCGAAAAAGCACAGAAGAGGACUUGCCAUCGGCUUAGUCAACGCACGGAUCAGCUUUGUUCUUGUCCGUUGGAACGUGUGCGAUGUUUUCCAUAUGCUCUUUUACCUCAUGCCAUCGCAGAAGAAAGUGCUUAGUCUUCUUCGUAGGCUGGCAAACUGGAUUUCGCUACUUCUAUCGCGGACUUGUAGUCAGUGAAUAGAAUCCCGGGUAGUUCUUGAUUUUCAUCAAGCCACUCCAAGAAGCCCUGGCUUUGCGUUAGUUUCAGCGUAUCAAGCAAAGCUAUAUACUCACUUUCGCAGGUACUGUAAGCCCUCAAGGUUUGACGCUUGGAAGACCAACAGAUAGGCAUACCACGAAAGUGCAGGAUAGAACCACUACUACUUCGCAAGGUCACGGAGCAACCAGCGAAAUCAGCAUCAGAAAACGCAACAAGGUCCGGCAAAGACUUCUUGGAGCCCUGCGCUUCAAGGACUUUGCGAUAAGUUUCCCGAAACUCAGCUUCACGCUGAGGCGUGUAGCACAACCCCUGGCCCUUGGUUUGCAAGAGAUAACGGGCAAUCCUCUUGGCUGCCGUAAUAACGGACGCCGCUGGUUUGUUUUGAGCCCUCGCAACCCGAUUUAUGGCGAAAACCACAUCAGGGCGGCACAUCGUUCCGAUGUAUUGAAGCCCACCGGGGAUACUCAGGCACGAGCUUCCCUUACCCUUCCUCAAGGUCAGCAUACACGCAAGGAGUUGCAAGCGGUCUACCUUCCUGCGUGUCAAACUUCUUGGCAACCAAGUUUAGCAAUAGCUUCCUCUAAAUCCAAAGUGAGGCAUCGCUUCUCGCGAUUGUAAAGCAUACGCACACCCAAGAUGUCCCUUUCAUGUAGUGGACCAUGAACAAUUGGAGGAAUCAUCAAUCUUGCCACUGAAUCUGUCAAGAAUUCGCGCGCAAGCAGCUACGCGCUCUUGUUGAUCUGGGCCAGUGAUAAAAAAAACUAUCAUCGACAUAGAUCGCCAAGGUGAGCUUGCCCCUCUUGAACAGACCAGGCUCUUGCGGUGAUCGCUUCCAGCCAUCACUGAGCAAAUAUCUCGAGUAGCAGUCAUACCACUUUCGAGGUGCACACCGCAGGCCGUAGAGAGAUUUUAACAAUCUAACACGGUCCCCGCCUGGAUCAGCACUCCAAUGCUGUGGAAGUCUGACGAAAACUCGAUCAGAAUCUUCAAGGGUCGAUCUGAUAAAAGCGUUGGAAGUGUCAAAGUCCUCAACAAAUUUCCCCGAUGCCGCAGCAUCUACAAGCAAGGAACGGGUAGCAGCGUGCGAGACAGUGGGAGAAAAGAUCUCAGCUUUCAUCACUUUGGUUUGCCUGUUACCAAGCGCAACCAAGCGAGCUUUGUACUUUCCGCACCUCUUCCGGGUGUAUAUCACCACCGCAGGAACUAUUUCAUCCUGGUCAGUGAACUCACCAUCUUCAAGCGGUCGCCAGCACUUAAGCACUUCCAGCUGCGUACGCUCUAGCGUAUCAGCUUCCAACCACUUGGCGGCAUCUGGCCCCUCAAAUGCCUCUUUCCUUGUAACUUGUAUGGUCCAACAAACUGCGUCACCAUCCUUGGUUCUGGACUUUUCUGAAACCUGAAUAAAAGGACUGAGCCAAAUCCCAGUCGAGAAUUGCCCCCGCACCAUUUCCAGCUGCAGCCGCUUCCGGAUUUUCAUCCUUAGACGGGCCCCCAAUGGGCCUAACAAUAUCCGAAGCGGUUUUGUCCUGCUUGGAUUUCCGUCCAGGCUUUCGCCAAUGUGGACACUUGUCGCGAGUAAGACCUUUCGGGCGCCCGCGCCUGUUUCUCACCUUUAUGAGAACUCCACCCUUCUGACGCCAUUUGAAUGGGUUGAGCUCGUCAUCGAUAAGAUCAGUGCAGUCGGGGCCUUUUACUGAAGGUCCUGCGGGUUGUUAUGCUUGUUGGUCUUUUGGGCCAUCUCCGGCGCCCUGCUGAUCAGGCAGGUCCUUUUGACCAGGAGAUUUUGGCGAACCAUCGCCAGCCGUCUCCGGUGGUAGCAGCUCUUGUUGCUGCUUAGCAUCGUCAGCGGCUUUGUCCAGCUUCCGACGCUUUGGCGCUGGCUCGUCGUCUUUCGAAGCCCCCACAGAAACUCCCUCUAGCCUCUCUACGACUCCAUCCAACGCAGAUCGAAGGGCUAGGCGCCUCCCAACUGCCUCGGCUGGGUCAAGAUCAGCAGGAGAUCGCAAAUCUGGCGACCCUUCUAACGACUUGCGCAGCGUUGUCACAUCCGGCACGAGAGUAUCCUCAUCGAACUUUGCGGAUUUUGACUCGAUCGCACAAAAUUUCUGCCCAUCCCGGCAAUUAUCAUUCUCGUGAAAGACACCGACCAGAUGCGAGGAGCUCUCACGGAUAUAGCCGAGAGAAACACCUUUCUAAUACCUGUCCGCCAGUUUUGGAACCUUCUGCGGAUCGUCGUGGGCAUGCGUUUUCACGUAGGCCACGCAUCCGAAACGCCUGAAGUAUUUGCAUUCAGCGGCCCGCUGAAACUUCUUGUAGUAAGGAGUUAGGGCAUUGGUCUUGCGCUGCAGCCUGUUCUUGAUGUGAGCGACGUAGCGCGCACACCAAUCCCAAAGCCGAGGAUCUACCCCUUGAAGGUUAGCCCGAAGACCAUCCCCAAGAGCCCUAUGCCACCGCUCAGCGUUCCCGUUGGUUUGCGGCUCCCGGAUGAUGCUGUGGCCAGCAACAGCACCGAGCUCCCUGCGAGCUGCUUUCCAAGGACCAUUCAUCCCUUUCAGGACUGGCUCAUUGUCGCAGCGCGAGGCUUUUGGCUUGCCUACCUGAGUACAAAACUUCUUCAAUUCUUCACCACGCUCAUCCUUGGACUUGAUGCCGAAAGGCUCCAGCCAAUCAGUACAACUGUCUCGGAUGGUGAUGCAGAUCGUACUUCCAUCCAUGCUAGGCGGUAGCCCGCCGGAGAAGAAGUCCGUCCCGACCUGAUCCAUCCAAUUUUCAUGGAGGUACGCGACCGGUCGCUUCUUCCGGUGCGAGUGGCUCCCGUAACUCUUGCUGAGCGCGCACGCAGGACAAUGCACCUUGAUCCCCUGAACUCCGAAAUGUCCCAUGCGUUGAUGUAAUCGCAGCGCAGAACAGCCGGAAUUCGUAUUGGAAAUCAAAUUUGCGAUAGCAUCGCCAUCCAUCAGGUAAAACCCGACACAAGGCAGCCGCUUCACAGUAUUGGCCUUAUGCUUGUACCCGCUGAAAUCUUUCAACCAUCUCGCAUCCUUCGCAUGGUAGUAGCUCCCAUUCUCCUCCUGGGCGAAAGUCUCCACGGAGAGCAAACACACAGUCAGAGAAGGACGAUAGAGCCCAGCGCGAGUUCCGAGGUUGUUAGGCUUAAGAAAUCCGUAUUGGGCCUGUUCCUUGCGCGGUCCGUCAGCAGUGUUCAGGGUGACCGUUUCGCCCGUGAAACUUUCAAACAAGUCAGGAUCUGGGAACAUGUUGUGACUUGCGCCACUGUCCACAAUCAGCCGCAGCUUCUGCUGCAGCUUCUAUCUUAUGCGACUUCCUGCCCAUCACCUUAUUGACCACGUGGACGCCUGCACCACUAGGGGCUUCAGCUCCACAGACUUGACUUCGCUUGAACGUCGUGUGCGCGGCCAGGCCAGCAGCAACACGCGGACAAGACGAAUCAAGGAAACAAUGACCAACCCGGGGCGAGCGUUUCCGCCUACGCCAGGCCAGCACAUUACGAGAAAACCUACGACCAGAAACCCGAAGCGGAAUCUUCAAGGUUUUCGCCCUGAACUCGACAUCAGUAUCUCUAGGUCUACAACACAUUACGGGCUGCGUAACAUCACCACGCCCCCACAGAGACCACGCGACCAGCAAAGCCAGAAACGUGAAGCACACUGCUGCGGGCACAAUCGUCACGAAGUCAAGACCCUUCAAAGCUGUCAAAUUUGUCAAAGGCUGAGCCACGUAACCCGCUAACCCGGGCACGUUCGUCACAGCUGAAGCAUUGGCAAUUCUCAAACUGGUGAAAACAUCUUCCCAGAAUGGACCAACAGCUACUACGAGCUGGAAGACAGCGAACACACAAAGGAAAAACCAGUAGAAACGCGCCCAACCCGUGGGACUUUUCAAACGUCCACUCUCUUCCUUCUUGUUCACAUUCAUACUUUCGUCAGUGUUGUUGCCAGUAGUGUUUUCCUUACUUAGCAGGCUCACAGACAUCAGCGGACUCGGAAGAAGACAAAUCAUCGUCGUCAUUCUUUCCCCAGCCGAAGUCUUUGGAGGAUCCGACGCCGACGAAGUGAGUCUCUUCACCGUCAUCCUCACCUUCUUCCUGCUUCUUCUUAUUCUUCUUGUUAUUCUUCUUUCCGUUACCCUUGGACGCCGGACGCAAAUGCGGGUGCUUGACCCAGCAUUUUUCAACCGGAUGACCAGGGCGACGGCAGUGCGAGCAACGGACGGGGGUAGGCUUGCCGCCUUUCUUUUUGACCUCCACCUUUAACGCCUUGGCCUGGUUCUGCAGGGAUUUAAUCUGCUGAGCCUGGGCAGCGUUCGCAAUAGGCUCUUCCUUCUUUCCAUUCCCCGCACGCAGCACGCUCGUACUCCCGAAGGACAUCGAUCAGCGACUGAACAUCGGUGGACUGCUUGACGUUAGCCAAGAUGGAGGAAGUAACCGGAGCGAAGGAGGGCAGCACACCCAUCAAGAUGGCUCCGAUAGUCAGCUCAUCAGUGGUGACUUUCGAUUCCAAUUGCUCACGAAUAACUUUGGUUUUCUUAGCGAUGAAAGACUCAACGCCCUCUCCCGGCUUCUGCUUUUGCGACAGCAGUUGCUCUAACCAGUACAAGCGGGAGGAAGUACGCUGCGAGGCGUAUUUCUUGUACAGAGCGUCAAGGAUCGCGAACAGAUGACGCGCAUCCGCACCGGUCAGCUCACGAGCACAUUCGUGAGCUUCACCAUCCAACGAAGCGACAAUGGCAGCGGAAAGCUUACGCCCUUGCGCUUCAUGGUAAUCACCAUGCUGGUUGAUUUGGUUAAUGGUGAAGGCCGGAUCGUUCGAGCGAUACCCGUCGAAGAAAUCCUUGAAGGUCAGGUUAGUAGUGGAGGCAGUACCACCCUGGUAACCUUCCCAAUCAGGCAUCGACUCCAGGAUCGUCUCGAGAUCAAAACAGAGACCACUUAGACCAGUCAGACUGGGUCUUAAGGGUCGGGAUUUUCCAUUUCCCAUCUGCUUUGGCCAUUUUGUGUUGUGUGUGAAAGUUAUGUGUAAACACAGAAACUACUCGCGUAAGGAUAAAUUUGCAGAGGUGUAACAACCUAGCUAGCUCUUUGGCCCAAGAUUGUAAGAACACUCAGAAUGCAAAUAACCUACUUAGGUUGAUCCGCCUACUAGUAUCCGAGUCACUUGAGUUCAUUGGGGUACAAAGUUCAAAGGUUCACAAAUCAGGCUAGGCCGGGCACAUUCGUCACGACUGUGCCGGUCAUUUCUGUCAUCUCUCUCUUGAUCGAUUUCAUGGAUUCGUGCUGAUUUGCUUGGAUCUUGGCGGUGGAUCAACUGCGAUUUGGGUCAUUUGAUCCCUAUGCCUACAAACUUUCCAAAGCUGUCGCGACUUGGGAAGUCGCCCAGAGCCCAACGUCCCAAAGCUAUCGCGAUUUGGGAAAUCGCCCAACGCCCAUCGCCCAACUCCCGCGUCGCAACUCCAGAAAUUUUGCAACCAACUCAAAACAUUUUGCGACUCGGAAUAUUUUGCAGCGCGCCCGAAAUGUUUUGCGGUUGAAAAUAUUUUGCAGCCCCAAAAAUUUUGCAAACCAAAACUACUAUGCAAGCCAGACGCCCAUCGCCCAGCUCCCAACCCCCAGCGCCCAGCCCUCAUCGCCCAGCUCCCAACUCCCAACCAUCGCCCAAAACCCAUCGCCCCAAUCCCGCCGCCCCACUCCCAUCGCACGCCCAACCUCCACAGCCCAGCUCCCACAUCGCAACACCAAAAGUUUUGCAACUCCAAAAAUUUUGCAACUCCAAAAAUUUUGCAACUCCAAUGAUGCCGCGACGCCGAAUAUUUUGCGACUCGAAAUAUUUUGCAAGUUGAAAUAUUUUGCAGCUCAAAAUCCUUUGCGGGUUCAAAUAUUUUGCAGCUUCAAAAUAUUUUGCAACGCAAAAUAUUUUGCGAGCCCCGUUGAAAAUUUUUCGCAGCAAACUCCCAACAAAACUCCUCGCCCCGGUUUUGCAGCUUUGAAAGCGGGAAGCACGGGGAAAGCGGGUGGGAAGCACGGGGAAGGCGGGAAAAAUGGGGAGAGUGGGAAGCACGGGGAAGGUGGCUGGGAAGCACGGGGAAAACGGGAAGCACGGGGCAGGCGGGAAGCACGGAGAAAAUGGGAAGCAUAGGAAAAGCGGGAAGCACGGGGAAAGCGAAGAGCACAGAAAAGGCGGGGGGCCCGGAGAAAAUGGGAAGCGCAGCAAAAGCGGGAAGCACGGGGAAAGUGUGUGGGGGGCACGGGGAAAGCGGGUGGGAAGCAUGGGGAAGGCGGGAAGCACGGGGAGGACGGGGUGCACGGGGAAAGCGGGAAGCACGGGGAAGGCGGGAAGUACGGGGCAAGCGGGAAGCACGGGGAAAGCGGGAGGCACGGGGAAGGCGGGAAGCACGGGGAAAGCGGGGAACACGGGGAAAGUAAGCGGGAAGCACGGGGAAAGCGGGAAGCGCGGGGAAGGCGGGAAGCACGGACGGGCGAAGGGCGCACGAGAAGCGGGGGGCACGGGGAACGCCGCCGGCCGGCGGCCAAUCAAACACCAGGCGAGCAGCUGCCCAACACCCUCCCCCGGCGCCCUCCCUCUGUUCACGAAGGGAAAGCCGCGCCCCAGCACCAGGCCUGCAGGCGAGCAGCUGCCCACCACCCUCCCCCGGCGCCCUCCCUCUGUAUGUUCACGAGGAGACCGGCAGAGGGCGCCACCGUCCGCCGUCUCUGUCUUGGGGGGUGCGCGCGAGGGAGGGGAGCACGCGGAGGCGGAACAGAUUGCGUGCGCGCUACUGCGGGGGGCGACGUUGUUGUCCGGGGCGGGCUGCCGGGGGAGGGUGGGUGGCCCCUGCGCCUGGAGGGCAAUCAAUGAAGGCCCCACCCCGGCGCCCGUCCCCCAUCCACGCACGCGGCAGGGGCCCCGGCGGGCCCCUGCACUGCAAGGCUGCGCGCGGGAGAAGGGCGGGGGGCAGGCAUCAAGGCGCGCAGGGGCGGGGCACACAGGCAGGCGGCACGAACGGGCCACACCGCAAACGCGCGGGCAGGGCGUCACGCGCCAGCGCCUCGCAUGGCGCGGACUGUUCCCCUGCUUCCUUCCCCCGUCCACUGGCGCCCGCCCGCUGCCGCGCUUUGCGUUGUUGCUUGGGCCUAAGGCUUGCCGCCACGCAAACGCGCGCCCAGUGCGGGCGGGGUCCUCGCGCUCGCAAAACGACGGGAACCACGGGCGCCAUGGCGCUCCGCCUUCGUUCUUUCAGCAAGAAGCGGCGCAGAUGCCUGGCCCCGCCCUGCAUCAAAAAACUUUUCCCUUGCCCACCCUCUGGCGCUUUUCUUUCCCCCCUGUCCACUUGUUCGCCCCCCCACUGCGCGACAUAAGCUGCGGCCUUGUAUCUACUUUCCAGGUUGGAGUUCUGAAUGUCUGUCUCGCCAUCUUGCUCACUUACUUGCAGCGAGAAGAGGGCGCUCCAGACUUGAGCUACGAGAGCAUGCGGACGCAGUUUUUUCACCAGCUCGAGAACGUGCAGACGGUUGCCGCAAAGUUUCAGCAGCAAAAAGCUCAGGAAGGGCAAUAUGACAGUAGGCUCGGAUAGAUGUUGUCACAAUCUCAGCUGAGAUGAUUCCGUGCAUAGCAAAAAUUUCUUGUGAUGUAGCAGUACGCUUGUGAUCACGGUCGUCCUGGACCAAUUUGACGCGAGUGACCUGUCCUCGAUUUCUUUUACCGUUCACAUCGACAAAGAGUAGUCUAAGUACAAAUCAUGUUGGAGCAGGGUCUUCUAGACUUGGUAGCUCGUCAGUUGCGCAGAUGGGAUUGUGACACCUCUUGAGUUGCAGGCCAUACGCGAGACGCCAGGUUGUGAGACAUUUCCAACAAAAGCGCCAAGAACCUUGUUCGCGCAGCGGGAAGAGGACGCGAAUUACUUUUUGUGGACGUAUUUUAGUUCAAAUCAUCAUACUGUGCACGCUAGGCGCGACCAGUGUGUCACUUUUGCUCGGCUCGUGUGAUGUACUUACUAUCGGAAGACUGUCUCGACGUCGACAGGAAGACUGAGAACUUACUUGUGAAUACAGAAGUAGAUGAUGACUCAGAAUUUGAAGAGCAUCCGGACUGUGACCGCAGUUUUUGCUUCAUCCAUCGAUGGAUCACACUGAUGGAACUGGUGUAGUUGGUACAUGGAACUAAAAAAGGAAGCCUUCAAAUUCAUUGCAAGAGGUGGUUCUUCAUUCAUCCGUAACGAAACCCUCCGACAGGAACCGAUGUUCGAAUGAUGUUAAUGGUGGUCGUGGAAGCCUCCUGUCUGUGAGUCGUGGAAGGUUUUGUCUGUGAGGCGUGGAAGCCUCCAGCGGGGGGCGGUUGGAUCGUAAGCUCGAGGCUUAUUACUUAUGGAUACGGGAUGGCGAGACGCGCCACAUUUCUUCUGGCGACGGCCUUGCGAGGUUUGGGUUUGCUGACAGCGCUGGACGUGUUUUGUUCUGGAUGCGCCGAGAGCUCGCCUCUCAUCGGCGGCGCGGGCCCGUUGUUCAAGAUGUCUUGCCUGUUGGCCAUCUCACUCUUAGGCGGGAGCCGUGGUCGUUUUACCCUUUGCCCACGAGUGGACUCCGCCUGGCGGGCACGCCUUUCCGGGGUGUGUAGGACCAUCGUUAGCCGCCUCUACUAAAAUCUAGUAUGCGUGGUCAAGUCUAGAUCAUGAAAGCACUCGCCGGAGCUCUUACAGCCCCGAGGACGCCCCACCCCACUCCAUGCGUCCAUUAAAGUUCCGAUACGCCAAACCCCACGUCGAGAGAGAGAUGUAUAUGAAUUUGGACGAGAGGGAGGUGCUGGACAGUGGCUAGUAGGAAGUGUGAAGGUAGAAGAUGUCCACCUACAGCACCCAUCCAACGGC